AUGCACGCUCUGCUCCCAUAUACGCCCCCAAUGUCCUAUCUUCCCUCGGAGGAACAGAUCUCCGUCCAGGACCCCGAACUAUACGCCUCCCACCCGGAUCCUGUCAGUUCUGCCAUCGACCCUCGCAUGGCUCAGAUCCAACGUCAGCUCGCUGCGGAAGGAGCCGUCUCAGCGUGCGCCUCCUCAGGCUCAUGGAGCAUGGAUAUGUCUCCAGAGCCCUUCGCCCACAUGCAGCUGGCAGCCCCAACAUCAGUGUCGACCUUGUCGCCGUUUGAGAGCGACCUGUCGUCGGCCUCCGGUGCAGACACUCCUCACAGUAUCCACGAUAGCUGGUCCUAUGCUCCGCGAUACUUGACGCCUCCAUACGAAGAAAACGCCAACAUGCUCUCCCAUACUAACAGCUGGGGCUGUCCGUCCCCCGGGAUCGAUCUCGAUUCCCACGCUGUUCCGCCCCAUGCCGUCCACCAGUAUCCGGAGAUCAAGCCGAUCUUCGAAGCCGGUGCCGCCGCCGACGCGACCACCUCCCUUCCCUCCCCCGUUAUAUCGCCCCCAUCCCCGCCGAGCCUGCGUCAGAAGAAGCCCUCCGCCGGCCGGGUGACCAAACGCUCCACCACGAGCUCCCAGCCCAAACCCAAACCCUCCUCUGCUCGACAGACUUCCAAGACCAGGAGCACCCCGCGCAGGGGACCGACCAGGCUGUUCGUGUGCAGCUUCCGGCGGUACGGGUGCACCAGCACGUUCACAUCUAAGAACGAGUGGAAGCGCCACGUCGCCUCCAAGCACAUCCAGCUGGGCUUCUACCGCUGCGAUGUAGGCGGCUGCGCCGGCGAGCACAACACCACGGGGUCUCGUUCGGAAAAGCUGUUCAACCGCAAGGACCUCUUCACCCAGCACCAGCGGCGCAUGCACGCCCCCUGGGCCAACCGGAAUCCGAAACAGCCCGCCAGCGAGCAGGAACGCGACGCCUUCGAGCGCACCCUGCAGAGUGUCCGGGAGCGGUGCUGGCACGAGCUGCGCACGCUGCCCGACCGGAGCACCUGCGGCGUCUGUGGGAAGGCCUUCUCGGGCCCCCGGAGCUGGGACCAGCGCAUGGAGCAUCUGGGCCGUCACUACGAGAAGGAGGAUCUGGGGGCUGACGCGGAGAGAGAAGACCCCGACCUGCGCGAGUGGGCGCUGGCCCAGGGCAUUCUCCGUCCAGUCAAGGGCACGGCGAGGUUGGAGCUGGCUGAGAAAUGA